AUUGACAGGCGCCUGCACGGCGUGCGAUGUACCGGGCCGGACCGGCCGGCGGGCGGGAGCAGCGAGAGGGGGCACCGGGGCCGAGAGGCUGGCGCUGCGGGUCCUGGGCGCGGUAGCAGCGGUGCUGAGGGUCUCGGGCAGGUCGGUGGGUCGGGCCCCAGGCCCUCGGAGCGGGGCCGCCGGGCGGCGGGGAGGCAUGGCCGGCGUGGUGGGCGGCGAGGAGCGGGGCCUGGAGCAGGGCGGCAAGCGGCAGAGGGAGGCCGGCACCGAGCCGCCGGCGGCGGCCAAGCGGCUGAAGGAGGAGGAGGAGGCGGGCGAGCAGGGCAGGAAGAGUCCGAAGAGGAAGGUGGUCCUGCUGCUGGCCUACUCGGGGAAGGGCUACCACGGCAUGCAGAGGAAUGUUGGAUCGGCUCAGUUUAAGACAAUUGAAGACGAGCUGGUGAAGGCCCUAGUGAAGGCUGGGUGUAUUCCAGAGAACCAUGGUGAUGAUAUGAGGAAGAUGUCGUUUCAGAGAUGUGCAAGGACCGACAAGGGUGUUUCCGCUGCUGGUCAAAUUGUCUCCCUGAAACUCUGGCUCAUCGAUAACCUUGUGGAGAAGAUCAAUGAAAACCUACCACCGGGCAUUAAAAUAUUAGGACUGAAGAGAGUAACUGGGAGGUUCAACUCGAAGAACACGUGUGACGCCAGGACCUACUUCUACAUGCUCCCCACAUUUGCGUUUGCGCACAAAGACCACGGCCAGACCGAGUUCCGUCUGAGCGGCGAAGCUCUCGGCUACGUCAACAAGCUGUUGGGCUGCUACAAAGGAACCCACAACUUCCACAACUUCACGUCUGGGAAGGGUCCGAAAGACCCCAGCGCCAAGCGAUACAUAAUGGAAAUGUUCUGCGAAGAUCCUUUCGUCAGGCAAGGCAUGGAAUUUGUGGUCCUGAAGGUCAAGGGUCAGAGUUUCAUGAUGCAUCAGAUCAGGAAAAUGAUUGGCUUAGUAAUCGCCAUAGUGAGAGGUUAUGCGCCAGAGUCUAUCAUGGAUCAGAGCUGGGGUGAGGAGAAGGUUGAUGUGCCGAAAGCCCCCGGGCUGGGACUUGUUUUGGACACGGUCCACUUCGAGAAGUACAACAGCCGUUUUGGUAAUGAUGGAGUCCAUGAGGCUUUGGAGUGGACUGAUGUAGAAGAACAGAUUAUGGCAUUUAAAGAGGAUCACAUCUACCCUACCAUUAUUAAAACUGAAAUAGAAGAACAGUCAAUGGCUAAUUGGCUAGGCACCCUUCCAAUUCAUGACUUCACUGCUACAGCCUCAGGAGUUCAGCUAAACGAGAAUCACUCAAAGAAGACGAGCGAUGAGUUGGAUGACGGCAGCGAUGCGGCUGAAUCUGACUGAGGGGUGCCCUGGCUGGAACCCACGCACUGUCCCCAAGCCCCUGCUGGGACCUGAGAAUGAAGAAAGUGUGUCAUCACUUCUGCCUUGUGGGUCCUGGCACCAACCUAUCCCGGACAGUGAGAAGUGGCCCCAAGUUGUUGAGUUUUUAAGUGUUUUUAAAGAUUUAUUUUAAGGUGUGCAUCCUCCCCUGGGUAUCUGCAUUUUUCUCUUUUAAUUAUAGCGAAGCUGGAGAUUUUAAGAAGGGAUGAUGUUUGAGGAAUUGUUUACUGUUAAGUCUGUACACCAAAAAUGUGCAGAAUGGAGCAUGGCCUGUGCUAGCUCCUUGAGAAAGCUCUCCAGUCACCCCUUUUCCUGAAUCCUGCCUAUAUAAUUAUCCCCUUGAGUACUUAACAGAUUUCACUGCUGGUUCUUUGAUUUAUAUGAAAAUAGGCUUUGAACAACCGAAUUAACAGGGCAGCUCUCGUCUGGUUUGGGCCUUUCCUGGUGAUGUAACUUCUACAUCUGGGUAGAAUAACAGACCAGUGAAUUGCUGACAUUAUCACGGUCAAAGCUUUAUUGUAUCUGAAUUUCAGGAUUGUCGCUGUGCGGCAUUUAAGAUGAAACAUUUGUAUAAUUAAAAAAAAAAGGAAAUUUACCAAAAGAUUGUUUUACUA